AUGCUGCAGCAGAUCCUGAACGACAUGUACAUCGACCCCGAACUCCUCGCUGAGCUCAGUGAUGUGCAGAAGCACAUCCUCUUCUACAAAAUGCGAGAGGAGCAGCUGAGGCGCUGGAGGGAGCGCGAGGCUUGGGAGGCCCUGGCCGAGGCAGAGGGCCUCAGGCCCCCGAAAGUCAAGCGAGGUACGUGGCUGGGAGCAGCGAGUGACAAGCACAUCCAGUGGCUCCUGGGGGCAGAUGGCGAAGUCUGGGUCUGGAUCAUGGGAGAAGGCCCUGGCGACAAGCCCUAUGAGGAGAUCUCUGAGGAGCUGAUUGCAGAGAGGGCGCGGCUGCAAGCGCAGAGGGAGGCUGAGGAGCUCUGGAGACAGAAGGAGGCAGAAAUCACUAAGAAGUUUCGAGAUGCUCUGGCCAAUGAGAAAGCCCGGAUCCUGGCGGAGAAGUGGAAGGUGGAGAUGGAGGACCGUAAGGCUGCCAAAGUCCUGGAGGAACGCAUCCACGAGGAGUUCAAGAGGAAAGAGGAAGAGGAGAGGAAGCAGGGAGAGGAGCAGAUUCGCCUCCAGGAAGAGCAGAGGGCGAAGGAACUCUACUGGACCCUGAAGCAGGCCCAGCUGCAGAGCCACGCCAGCGAGAACGAGGAGCGGGAGUGGGAGGAGCAGCUGCGUCGAUCCAAGGCUGCCGACGAAGAGAGGAGUCGCCGAGCCCAGCGCGCCAGGGAUGAGUACCGGCGCCACUCACUCCGUGCCAUCCAGAAGGGCACUGUCGCUGGCCUCAGCUCCAUGUUCCGAGAGCUUGGCCAGAGCCAUGAGCAGGAGGCCAGACUUUACCACCACCUUCCCGGCCCUGGGCCACCGCCACCCCUUGCCGUACCUGUCAGCAGGACUUGGGCGCGCCCACUGCGACCCGUCUCCAGGGAAAUCAUAGUCCGCUGGUUUAAGGAGGAGCAGCUGCCCCGCCGGGCCGGCUUUGAGAGGAACACCAGAUCCAUUGCCCCCUGGUUCCACGGGAUUAUUAGCCGAGAAGAUGCAGAAGAUCUCCUGGAGAACAUGACGGAGGGAGCAUUUUUGGUCCGGGUCAGUGAGAAAAUCUGGGGCUACACCCUCUCCUAUCGCCUGCAGAAAGGGUUCAAGCACUUUCUCGUCGAUGCCUCUGCAGAUUUUUACAGCUUCCUGGGAGUAGACCCCAAUCGCCACGCGACCCUCACCGAUCUCAUUGAUUUCCACAAGGAGGAGAUUAUCACUGUGUCAGGAGGAGAGCUACUGCAGGAACCCUGUGGACAGAGGGACAGCCCACCAGACUACCAUCUGUUGUUUGAGUGAUUUUUCCCCCCUUAUCAAUCGGACUUCUUUGGGCAUCCAGUUUUUGAACUCAACUUAAGAAUUUCCCAGCUCAAAUCCUUCCUUAUGGCCUUCUGGAAGGUCCAUCACUAUCCAGUGGGGUAUAUAGAUUACUUAGCCUCAAGGGAUAUGAAAUAUAUGGCAUAUGUGCCAUCAGUCUCUGUCCCGAUGCCCAGGACAGAAAUUGCAAAUAGCUGAUGCAACUCUUUCACGAAGAGUUUAGUUAUGACUUCAGAAGAUGAAGCCUGUCUACUGUGGCUGCCCUAAAGUGAGCUGCUAGAGCACACGGACCAC